UGCGCAUGUAUAAGUCUCCCUCUGGUAACACCGACUCUCCGCAGCUGACUGCCUACUCUGGAUGUUGUUGGGCCACCCGGACACUUAACAAAAAAAAAAAAUGACGACUCUGGAUCCGCUGAAAUCGGUAAUUUCCAUCGUGAGUAUGGACGACACGUCGCUGGCUCUGCCGUCCGGUAACCAGUGCCGAUCAGGCCAACAGCGCGUCCUGGAACAAGUACAGAUGAUCCGGAGGACCAAGUCCAAGAGGUCCAGCAGCAGCAGGAGUGGAUCUACUUCUUUGUCUCCAACAACCCCUCCGUAUGACUCCGUGUUCGUAGAUGCUCUGAACUCACCGUCCAGCAAAAUUAGUGGAGGCCUCUUCUAUGUGAAUUCUAAAACUCUCAGCGUAGAGAAAAACAAUCGGCAACUAGUCAACAACAUACAGGGAUCCAGCGUGAAGAGGAACACGUCAGCUUCUACCUAUCAGCAUGAGAGGGGUUACGCCCCGGUCGGCUCCAUGGCCGUCGGUCAGACCUACACCAGCCGUAGUGAGCCUGGUGGAGCCCGGCAGCUCUCCAUGCCAAAAAACCCUGUUCCUCUGCAGAGACUUAUUUCCAACAGGGGCACCUACAGGACAGAGAGGGCCACCAGUCAGUUCAUAACAAACACCGCAUCCCAGCCUCAGCUUCAGCCUCUGCACACUAUGAAUGGCACAGGUCAGACCAAAUCAAACAGCCAGUUCAUAUGCAGCAAAGUUGACGUGACCAAAACGCUCUCGAAGCCUCCCGUUACCGAGGGUGCUCCGAAUAGCAAAGGAGAUUAUGGGUCAAAUAACAACAGUGGAGUUGCUGACAUCACUAUGAAGGAAGCUGUAGAUUUUCUUUCCAACGAGGAUGAGACAUAUCAGCACUGUGGCGCUUCCUACAUACAGCACAACACUUUCAUCGACGACAAGGCUAAAGAGGAGGUGUUGAAUUUCAAAGGGAUCUAUCCCUUGGUGAAUCUGCUACGCAGCUCCAGUUUACAAGUCAACCAGACAGCCUCGGCUGCCCUCCGUAACCUGUCCUUUAAAAGCCACAAUAACAAGGAGGAGAUACAUCGCUCGGGUGGCAUCACGGAGGCUGUGGCUCUGCUCAGAGAUACAGACUCUGUAGAGAUACAGAAACAGCUGACAGGUCUCCUGUGGAAUCUGUCCUCUGUAGACAGCCUGAAGCCAGACCUGCUAAAGAGUGCUCUGCCUGUCCUUAUGGAGCGUGUGAUCCUGCCUUACACAACCGGUCCUAAGCAGACCAGCAGUGACAGCCAAGACCCUGAGGUCUUCUUCAACGCCACCGGAUGUCUAAGAAACCUAAGCAGUGCGAAGCAAAGCAACAGACAGACGAUGAGAAAAUGUCGAGGUUUGGUCGACUCUUUGGUCAGUUAUGUGAAAGACUGUUUGGAUGCAGGAAACCCAGAUGAUAAGUCUGUAGAAAACUGUGUGUGCAUCCUGCACAACCUGACGUUCCAGCUGGAGGCCGAGGCUCCGGCCCUGUUUAGCAGGAUCACAGCGUUGGCCAAGACUGUCAACAGGGACCACAUUCAGGGUGACACCGGCCCCAUCGGCUGCUUCAGUCCCCAAAGCAAGUUGCCUGAACAAGAGCGCCACUUUGACUUCCCGGUCGUUGAGGAUCCACAACCUAAUGGGGCCGGUUGGCUGAUCCACUCCAAAACUCUGCAGAGUUACCUGUCUUUGCUUUCCACCAGCCAGCGAGAAGAAACACAGGAAGCCUGUUGUGGAGCCCUGCAGAACCUCACCACAAAUGAAGGCGUUGUCUCCGGUGUAAUGAGCCAGACCAUUGUGCAAAAACUGAAUGGCCUGCAAGUUAUCAGUCCCCUUUUAAAAUCUCAUAAAGUUACCGUACAGAAGAACACAGUGGCUUUGGUGGCAAACCUGGCCAAGAACCCAAACCUGCACAAUGCCAUAGCUCGUAAAGCCCUCCCAGAGCUGCUGGGCGUCCUCAGCGCAGGCACUAAGGAAGGAAAUGAGUCUGACGACACACUGGCCAUGGCCUGUCAGACCUCCAACUGCCUGCUUAUGAAGGAACCUGAGAUUUGCAAGCACCAGUUAAACAACAACCUGAUUAACUCACUGAAAGAUCUCAGCCAAAACGGCUAUUUCCCCAAAUCGAGCAAAGCUGCAGCCCUGCUUCUCUACAACCUGUGGUCAGAUAAAGAUUUACAAAGCUUCCUAAAAAAGCAAGGGAUGAGCAAGUCCUCGUUUGUGAACGACAUCACCACGGCAGCACACAAGUCGGUUCAAGUUGUUGAUUAACUUGACUCGCUUAAACGGAUCUCUGAAAGUAAUUCCCCAGAGUCACUCGCCUGCAAGCCCUCUGCACAUCUACGGGACGUAAACCCACGGAGGAUGAGCAGCAUCCUCCGUGGCUACCCAUUUCACAAAGACUUACAACGUGUCUUAAUAUGUGUCUCCACAUCAUGCUUCCAUGCACAUACAGUUACUGUAGCCCUGUAAAUGCAGGUUACCUUUCCUUUGUAGGAAAACAAAGGUGAAGCGUAAGAUGUAACAUGUUAGCAACCAGACUGUCAUUGUUUGCUUUUCUAGUUUUAACUGCUUUCAAAUAUCUUUUAAUGUCUGCAAUCUUCUGCCAUGAGAUCGCUUCAUUAGAAAACAUAAGGGUGUAAGAUUUUAUAAUUCACUGAGGUUGUUGUUUUAAUAUCAUGACACAACACUGUAAAAAAAAAAAAAAAAAAAUGUAGUUUUGAUUAUGUAAAAUGAACAUACAUUACAGAAAACAAUUUCUCUUGUUGCAGUUCAUACGUUUAUAGCAGUGAUGUGUGUUUACAUUAAGUAAAGGCAACUUUUGUUGGUGGUGUGUAUCCAUUUUUUUUUUUUCAUGUAUGUGUGUGAUCCUGAAAUAUUUGUAUUAUCCCAAAAAGUGUAAUAAAUAAAGCUUGCAGAGAUCUACUCUUCCAACCGUAAA